GGAUGUCAUUUUCAACUCAAAUGCUAAAAGCAGGAGUACUGUUACCAAACAUGUUGCUUAGCGAAAAAGUAAGAUAGCCCUUUGGCUGUGUAAAUCAAGGUGAGCCGACUGCAUAAAUAUAAGUAACACGCAGGAUGGGGAAAAUAAAAUAACAUGGGAUCUAGGUUGUUUUAGGGGAGAGAAGUAAGUAUUUAUUCGCUUUAAAAAGCGUGUCCCUCACACGCAGAAAUCUUUUGGUUUGCUUCAUUGUUUUGCAUGAUAUCAUUGACUUGGACAGAGGAAUAAAUGGUAACUUACAUUCCCGAUCGUGCAAUUUUCCCCAUCAGCGUGACAUUUUGGCCAAGGAUUCACCGAAUAACAUUUCCACAUGUCCACACAGACCACUGGAGCAAAAUGAAAACAAUGGAAAGAACAAUUAAAACAAACCCUUCUUUGAAAAUAAUAAUCAAAAUCUAAUUACACUUACAAAAACAUAGUUUUUAUUCUUGUUGUACUAUAAACGGUUGUCCCCACGUAAUAGGUUCCAGUUGAUCUUAGAUCUGUUCAAGCUGCCAUGUUGAAGAAGAAGGUUUGUCAAAGUAAUCCUAUUUAAAAGAUAAUAUUAAAUUAAGAGCUGACCAGGAGAGCACUUUGUACAAUAAAAAAAGGAACAGAGUUCUGUUCAUAGAAAAAUAUGUCACUGGUUUUGGCUUCCUUACCGUAAAUUCUGGACUGUAGAGCACACCUAAAUAUAAAUAAAGAUGUGUACAUAUAUAAGCCACACCGGUCUAUAAGCCGCAGGUGUCCAUGGGGAAACUCCAGUUAAUAAUACUUGAUCCUCCAUGGUACGAGCAUACAGUAGGUCCCACAUUGACAGUCAUUUAAAUAUGAUUCUUUUGUAUUAUUUGUGACUUCAAUAUAAUGUUUAUUUUCUUAGGUGUGCAUCAAAACAGACCAAAAAACUCAAACAUGGCCAAUUUUAGGAAUCAGUUCAACACCGCGCCAGGGGGGGCUUCUGCUAUUGAUUCAUUGAACAGAAGGGCUCAGCAUGUAAGCAAUGAUCCAAAUGUCAUCUAUCCAAGAAUAUGUGUGACAUUCAAAUUCCCAUUCAAUAAAUAUAGUUCAUUUCUGAUCCUGCUGUUCAGACUGUUAACACUGUGUCUCAGCCUCUCAAAGUUGACAUGGUAGCUCAAAUCUCCCACUGCUUUGUCCCUUAUCCUUAAUUAUUUGAUACGGACCUCCCAGGCUGCUUACAUUUAAUUUUAUGUGGAUACAGUGGAUCACCUAAAAAGAAAUCAAAGUUUUCUGCAUUCAAUAAAAGAAAUGUAAAUCUAAAUCUAAAUAUCACAAGCAGCAUUUUUAAUAGAAAUAUCUGCGUCUUUUAAUAUAACUACAGUCACCUCUUUUAUUUUCCAGGUUGAAAACACAAUUGAAUACAAUGUAUAUUAGUCCCUGCUCCAAGUUCAGGGUGCUUGACCUGAAACAUAUUGAUGACCCCUGCUCUAGGCUUAACUGUGCAACCCAUUUUUAAUUUUAUUCAGUCUUUAAAUCAUCGUUUUAUUUAGAGUUCAAAUGAUGAAAGGCACUACGAAUAAAAACCACAUAAUUGGUGUUGUGUAAAUAAAAUGUGUCUUGUGUCGUGUUCUGUGAACCCAAUUGCCAAAAUCAAUGGUUUUCGCGGUUAUUGUUGCCCAUUAGUCAAAUCCCGUAAAAUCUCACGAGAAGUGAAGUAAUUCGCUCUUCUUUUGUUUAAACCAAACACCAUCUAGCGGUUAAUUUACUUAUACACACUUUAUUGAAUACCAUAAUUCAACUGCUUAAACACUUGGUCAUAUUUAACUUUUUUAUUUAGAAACGUUAAAAGCGGGAGAGUGGGGAAUGGAUGACUGAACUAACACUAAGCGAGUGACUCAUUGUUUUGACGCUGUUUGCAAUCCUUUCCUUCUGUGCGGAUCCUGAGAAGAGAGCUGAAAUGGACAGCAGCAAAAAGAAAUUGCUGAUUAAGUGGCUACGAACUGCAACCACCUCGCCUACAAAUCGUCAGGAGAGAGAUGCUGGUGUAAGCACACCCUUUCGCUGGAAAACCUCACCGAUUGAAGUUGCAGAUGCCUUACCCCUCGGUGACUCUCCAGAACCUGUUGGCCUCGGAGCGAUGAGUCUGAACACCCCCAAGAGAAAAGCGGAGGUGCUCUCUGAAACCACGCCAUCUUUGGGUAAAGUUAAGCUGAGGAAGCUUUCCAGGCAAAAUUAUGAAAAUUUCAUAAAUUCAGAGGAGAAACCUAUUGACAACUCACCCAGGCAGCUGGAAUCCCCAGAGAUUUCAGAAGAAGCAUCACCUCCAACUUACUCUUUCAUCAUAAAAAAGAAAGCAAGGACACCUGAAGAGGGCUCAAAGGCGAUCUACAGGAAGGCAAUGGUUGCAGCCAUUGACAGCGCAAAAGUCGGCACCACUAGUUUUCCCAGGACUUUGCCAUUUGUGUCUUCGCCAGUGAAAACUGAAACACCCAAUUCAGCAACGUUUCAAAGAUCAGACGGAGAUAUUAAGUGUCCCUUGAUCCCAGCUGAGUACAAGUCUGAGCACAGCGACACUGUCCAUGAGGAACAGUGGUCCCCCCUACAGGUGUUUGAGGACACUGAAGUCCAAAUUGACGGCUCUAGAAGUUUUAUGCUUAAAGAAGAGGAUUCACCCAAGACGUCCAUCGCACCAAACUCUGUGCUUGUAGAAACAACCUCUCAAGUCCAGUCCUUUGCUCCAAGAAGUGAACCAGAAGCCGAGUGCUGUGACUCUUUCCUCUCUGCCCUGGAGUAUACACCGAAUUCUUUGUCUACUUUCAAGAUUCAGGAGAAAGGACCUCUUGACAUCACAGAAUGGAGAAGUCCACCAGUGUAUCCCCAGGGAGCUAAAACGUCCUCUUUCACAUUUUCUUCCCCAAAUGAAACUCCUUGGGACGUCGAGGAAAACCAGCCCCACCCAACAACCAUUGCCCUGCCACACACAUCCAAAGUUGAGACUGACUAUUUCUCCUCUUCCGACCUGAUGGCCUACAGGGACCCCUUUGCACUGCCACUAAACUCAAAAAGACUCUUGAACCCUUGCGUGAAGUCGGGAGCCACACGCAGGCAGUCAGAUGGUGCUUCCAUGCGUUACCCGCCUGUCUCCCUCACUCACGGCGGCACUCCUAGAAGAUUAUCACUUGGCGCACAACCCAUGUGGAGCAGUUACCCCUCCCCGGACAGUCAGGUUGGAUUUGUAGACACACACUGCCACAUAGACAUGCUGUAUGGAAAGCUUGGCUUCCGUGGGACAUUCAACAGCUUUCGGAAUCACUACAAAAGCGGCUUUCCCCCAGAGUUUAGAGGCUGCAUUGCCAAUUUUUGCAACCCUCGGCUCAUGGUGAAGGAGGCACUGUGGGAAGGUUUGUUGGCUGAGGACAUGGUCUGGGGUGCAUUUGGGUGCCACCCCCACUUUGCAAAAGACUACUCCAGUGUCCAGGAACGUGACAUACUAAAGGCCAUGCAGCAUCCAAAAGCUGUGGCGUUCGGGGAGAUUGGCCUGGACUACUCCCACAAGAACUCCACAAACCAGUUCAAGCAAAAACAGGUGUUUGAGCGUCAGCUGCGUCUCGCAGUGUCCAUGCAGAAGCCCCUGGUCAUCCACUGCAGGGAUGCUGACAACGACCUGCUGGAAAUUAUGAAGAAGUGUGUGCCGAGGGACUACAAAAUUCACAGGCACUGUUUCACAAACAGCUAUCCAGUGAUUGAGCCCUUCCUCAGAGAGUUCCCAAACUUGUAUGUGGGUUUCACCGCUCUGAUAACCUACUUCAAAGCCACUGAGGCCCGAGAUGCUGUCCGCCAGAUCCCUCUGGACCGCAUCGUGUUGGAGACGGACGCACCGUAUUUUCUGCCAAGACAGGUGAGGAAAGAUGUCUGCCGAUUCUCUCACCCUGGGAUGGGAAUCCACACGCUGCAUGAGCUGAGCCUGCUGAAGGGAGAGGCCAUGGCGACGGUCCUCACCACGGUCAGAGAAAACACUCGUCAACUCUACGGAGUUUGAUCCUAGUCUUGGAGAGCUGGUUAGUGUUACUAUGUGCCUUUUUGUUAUGGAGUUCUCAAUCCGCCACGUAGAGAGCAGUGUCAUUUUAAAUAAACUAAAAGACUUACAAUCGAUUGGGGGGCAAUUAUGUCUCUUGCCUGAAAUACUGUAUGUUAUUGUUCCUCUAAUAUUUGAUCUCAUUGCUGUUUUGACAUCCACUGUUUGGAUGUUGCUCUCGUCCAGAUGCCGUUAAGUUGUUUGUUUUAAAGUGGACACACAUUAAAAACCUAUAAUCCCAGUUUUUUUUAAUUUAUGCAUUGAGGUUUUAUUGAAUUAUUUAUGAAUGCAUAAUUACUGACUGGAGCAACUGCCAAUGGAAAGUAAGUAAG